AUGAGAUUAUCGGCAGCUGUGCAACGACUGCAGCUUCAGAUAAUUGGCAGUUGUCAACGACUGCAACAUGAGAUUAUCGGCAGCUGUGCAACGACUGCAGCUUCAGAUUACCGGCAGUUGUGCAACGACGGCAGCUUCAGAUUACCGGCAGCUGUGCAACGACUGCAGCUUCAGAUUAUCGGCAGUUGUGCAACGACUGCAGCUUCAGAUUACCGGCAGCUGUGCAACGACUGCAAUUUCAGAUUACCGGCCGCUGUGCAACGACAGCACCAUGAGAUUAUCCGUCAUAGUUGUGACCAUCCAAUAUCGCUUGGGCUGCUUGGGUUCCUCAGCACAGAGGACGAUGUGUCAGCGGGAAACUAUGGCCUCUGGGACCAACAUCUUGCUCUGCAAUGGAUUAAAAAAACCAUUGCAUCUUUUGGCGGGGACAUCAAGAGUAUUACCCUCAUGGGAGAAUCAGCAGGAUCAGAGGACAGUCAUGCAGAGCAGGGCGAUUCCGCAUCCAUGAUCGCCUGUCUGAGGACCGUGUCUGCGAAGAAGUUGACUGCAGCAUCAUGGCCAAUGGCCUCAAUUGCGGAAACCAGUAACAUACCUGUAAUUGUCUGGAUACAUGGAGGGGGAUUCAUUGGUGGGGAUGCUUUCACCUUUGAUCCUUCAUCGAUCGUUGCCCAUGGUCAGGUAAUAGUGGUGACCAUCCAAUAUCGUUUGGGGCCGCUCGGGUUCCUCAGCACAAAGGACAAAGUGUCAGCCGGAAACUAUGGCCUCUGGGACCAACAUCUUGCUCUGCAAUGGGUUAAGAAGAAUAUUGCAUCUUUUGGCGGGGACAUCAACAGCAUUACCCUCAUGGGAGAAUCAGCAGGAUCCGCUAGUGUGGCAUUCCAGGCUUUGUACACAGGGUCCAAGGAUUUGUUUCAGAGGAUAAUCAUGCAGAGCGGGUCUGCCUCGUUCUCAUGGGCUCACACAAGGAACCCUCUGAAAUAUGCUCGACAACUGGCUCAUAAGCUUAACUGUUUCUCCCAGAGCGACCCGGCAUCAAUGCUCACCUGUCUGAGGAGUAUUCCUGCCAAGAAGUUGGUUGCAGCAUCAUGGCCAAUGGGAAAUGAACCCGUCACAGCAUUAUUCCAGUUCUAUUUUAUACCAACUAUUGAUGGGGUGUUUGUCAAGGACGAUCCGCUAAAGCUAAUGAACUCCCCAGGUUAUUUAAAGCAGGUAGGACUUCAAAAUCUGGACUGCAUGGUGUCGGUGGUAAGCAAUGAAGGUGGACUGAUUCAAAUAGUUACAAAAGCAGCUGAUAAACAGUUCCACUCCUCAUUAUCCUCAUCAGUUGAGAACAAUCGAUUCUACAGAAACAUCUUCAUCCCAGCGAUUCUACAGCUAUAUUUCGGAACAUCCUCUUCUGACAUGACACAGGCCGUGGCUAAGGUGUAUGCCCCCUCUCAAAGUCAUACUGUUACUCUUCAGGCAGGAAUGAACACUCUUGGUGAUGUUGGAAUGGUUGCACCAGCGACACUCUUUGCCAGGGCUCAUUCAAAGCUGACCAGCAGCUCCAAAACGGGGAAGAAGACCUACAUGUAUGUGUUUGACCACAUCCCAUCCUUUAUCAUUGGUCAUGGCAAGGGGAUGGAUCAUGGUGAAGACCUCAUGUACACGUUUGGUCUCAGCAAAGCCUACCUCGCUGCUAUGACAAAGGCGUUCCCCAACACAAUAACAGAUCCAGACCAAUCCGAAAAGAAGCUUGCACAUAUGAUGAUGUGA